CCUGCCAGUGCAACCUAGGCCCAGGGAAAAUUUUGAGCGCUUGCAAACAGUGCGCAGCAGCUAGGGAGGCGUUCUGGAGGGUCUAGCGUGAAGUCAUAAGCAUUGGCGCUAGCAGGUUCUUGUGAAGCACAAAAGCCAUUCUAUUGCGUAGAUAGACUGAGUACAGCACCUGGAAAUUGACUGACAACAACCAACGACGUUGAGGCAAAUACUGCUUUGCCAGAAAAGAGUGGAAGCAUCUGAGCUAUUCUAGGUGUUAUACCACCAGGGAGUAUGGAACCCAAGCAAGACAGGAAGAAGCGCAAGUGGGAUGUUCCGGGGACUGCUCCUGCUCCUGUUGCGGGGGUUGCCCCCAGCAUCCUGGGCCAACCGUUUGGUGCAGGGCCGGACCAUGUUGCUGCGGCGGCAGCCAGCCAGUUGCUGCACAAGUAUCCCCAGCUGGCUGUGCCUCAGGCGGUUCCCAUGGGGGUGCCAGGCAGCUCCGCCGCAGAGGAGAUACGGAAAAAGAUCAACCAGACGUUGAUGCAGCGAGGUCUCAUUCCUGGGGCCAAGGUGGAUGACAGCGCCGCAGAGAGGGAGAUUGUGAUCAACGAUGCUCCCACUGCGAUUCGGAGCCAGCUGACACGGCGGCCUGUCCAAGAAGAGAUCCAAAGGGAGACCGGGUCGGUGAUCAUCACAAGAGGUCGAUACAAGGCCCCGGGUGCGCCAUUGGACCCCAGCGAAAAACCGCUGCACCUGCACAUAUCUCCUGGUGCACACCUCCCGAAUGAGAUCGCGAAGCAGCGCGCCAUGGAGCAUGCCGUCACCAUUGUGGAGGACAUCCUCAAGGGGGGGCCAGGCCUGCGGCCGCGCCAGGGUCUUGUGAAGCCAGUCACGGCAAUGCACACCCUCUUCUUACAUGUGGGCAUUGAGGCAGAUGCAGGGUUUGGCCUCGCAGCUCGGAUCCGUGGACCCAACAACGCGUACUUGGACCAUAUCUCCAAUGAGAGCGGCGCGGUCCUGGAGCUGCGCGGCAGGGGGUCCGGAACCAAAGAAGGGCCUGAAGGGAAAGAGAAGGACGAGCCGCUGCAGCUGGUGCUCAUGUGCAGCACGGCCGCGGGGCUGGACCAGGCCAAGAAGCUGGCCAACAACCUGCUGGACACCAUCCGCACCGACUGGGACGCGUACAGCAAGCCCGCUGCUGGCACUGCAUCUGCGGCUGCUGCAGCCCCCCCCGUGGCCCCCCAGUACCCGCCCUACUACUACGGCUACCCGUAUCCCCCCUACCCGGGAGCGCCCCCUCCCUACGGUGCAGCCCCCCCCUUCUACGGCUACUACCCUCCCCCCGCAGGGCCCAUGGGUGCGCAGCCCACUGGUCCAGAGGCUUCACCCAGUGCGCAAGCACAGGCACCCACACCAACAAGUGCCCCAGCUUCUGGUGACCAGUAUCAGCACCCCCAACAAGCACCAGCAGCCAGUGCGGCAACGGCGGCCCCCCUUUAUCCAGGAAGCACUGCCCCAGCAGGCCCGGCUGGCUACUCGCCAGCUCCAUACGCGUCACCUCAGGACGAGAGGAAAGGCAUCCCCCCCCCUCCUCCUGAGCAGCGCCCUCCUCCCCCUCAGUCGCCCGCUCAGACGACCCCGAGCCCUUCUCCGUACCAGCACAUGCCCCCCCAGCAGGAGCAGCAGUACGGACACCCCGACCCGUACUCCCACCCGGCGGUGCCUGCCCCUUCCUCUGCCCCCCCGCCUCGUGCAGAGCCGAGCCCACCUCCGGCCCCGGAUGCGGCGCCCCCACCCCCCUCCGAAGAAGUCCCCCCAGCCCCUCCGGCGGAUGCUAGCGCUCAUUACCAGGGGUACCAGUAUGCCCCCAACGGCCAGCCUGCGCAGGGCCUCACCCAGUACCCCCCGCAGGAGCAGCCGGAGCAAGGACAGGGGCAGUAUGCAGUGCACGGGCAGCCGGGCCAGGCCCAAGGGCAGUACGCUGCACAGGCCUACCAGGGAGCCGCGCAAGGGCAGUACCCACCCUCGGGGCCCCAGUCCGGUACCGGCCAGUACGGCGCUGCCAGUGGCGGGGGCUACGCAGGUCCUGCAGCAGGCGCCAGCGUUUACAACCUUCCUGUCGCUAGCUAUUCUGCAUACCCGCCCCCACAGAGCACGCAGAACGGGCCCUCUAGCCAGCAGCAGCAGUUCCAACCGGGCCCGUUUUCUGCUCAGGCCCAGGCCCAGCAAGGGGGGUAUCCGCCGCAGGGGUCCGGUCCGGCAGGGGGCCAAUACCAGCAGGGGCGGCCAGCGCAGCCAGGGCCUCCUGCGCCGUACGGCGGGGGCGGCUAUCCUGCUGCCUACCAGCCGUCCGCCAGUGGCCAGGCCAGCGGAUAUCCCGGGGGGAUGCCGCAAAGGCCACCGCAGCAGCAGGGGCCCGCGGAGGGGGAGAAGAAGCGCAAGUUCCAGGAGUUCCCCACCAACGGGCGGGGCAUGCCUCCCCAGCAGGCUAAUCAGGGACCACUGGGCCUAGCUCCCGCGGGGCCCACCCCCGGGUACGGCCUGGGUGCGCAGGGGCUGGGGGCAGGCGGGAGGGGGCUGAUGGGCCCGCCGCCAGCGCGCGCCAUGGGGCCUCCGCCGAUGAGGGGUGCCAUGCAGCAAAUGGGGCCGCCCAUGAACAGGCCACCUGCACAAAGUGCGCAAGGAUAUGGUAUAAAGCUGGUUGACUAUGGUGAAGAGGAGGAGGAGGAGAACUUCCGAGGAAGUGCAGGUCGGCCACCCCAUCCUGGCCCGCAAGGUGGCCAAGGAGUCCAGCGACCUUUCUGGUAUCCGCGUGGUUAACAAGGUCGUGAAAAACCAUUGUUGUUGGCAAGCCUGGGCGACUGGCAGAAAGACAUCGUGCUAAGCAGGAAGUGGCUCUGAGGGUUCUUGCUGCUGUUCCGCUUCACGAAUGUACUGGAUUCACCAUCGAGCCAUGACUCUUCUUAUGAGUUUCGGGAAGGACUCAUUCGAUGAGUUCUCUUCCACUGUUCUUCUCAUGCAGACUUUUCCUUAAACGAAAAAAGGUGCCGUUUUAGCUAGGGCAAAGCUCAGCUGUCAAAGACAGUGAGUGCGUUGUUUGAUGUUGACAGCCAAGCUUUAGAAGCUGCAUCUUUAUGCGUAUGCAG